CAGCAACGUCGUUUAGCCAUUGAUUCCCAUGGCAGAUUCAAAUGGGAUCCCUGCGAACGCACCUGUGUCGUGUCCUGGACCCUCAGCAAGCAAUGCUGGAAAACUUGAGGGAUGUGCUGGCUGUCCCAAUCAGAAACUUUGUUCAACCGGAGAAUUUAUGUCAGAUGUAUCACCUGCAGAGGUCAAAAAGCAAUUAGUUGGUGUUAAGAACAAAAUUCUUGUCCUUUCAGGUAAAGGUGGUGUGGGCAAAAGUACAGUAACUGCUGAAAUUGCUCGUGGUUUGGCUAAGCUUGACUUUUCUGUUGGUGUAUUAGAUAUUGAUGUAUGUGGUCCUUCCUUAUCUCGCAUCAUGGGUGUGAAUGGCGAAACAGUUCACAAGAGUAGUUCAGGUUGGAGUCCAGUUUAUACCCUUGAUGACAUUGCUGUUAUGAGUAUAGAUUUUCUCCUAAGUUCUGAGGAGGAUGCUGUGAUAUGGCGUGGUGCUAAAAAGAAUGGAAUGAUCAAGGAAUUUCUGUGCUCAGUGGACUGGGGUGACCUUGAUUGUCUGAUCAUUGAUACACCCCCUGGUACAUCUGAUGAACACUUAGCAAUUGUAUCCCUUUUUAAGCAAAGCAAGGUUAAUGGUGCUGUUUUAGUGACAACACCUCAAGAAGUAUCUCUUAGUGAUGUCAGAAAAGAGAUCAGUUUUUGUCGGAAACUCAAGAUCCCCAUGAUUGGCCUUGUUGAAAACAUGUCCUCAUAUACUUGCUCAAAGUGCCAGACUAAAUCUCAAAUAUUUCCUGCUACUUCUGGGGGAGGUACUGCACUUGCUGCUUCCGAGAAUAUCCCCUUACUCUGUUCAUUGCCACUUGAUCCAUUUGUUGGCCGUUCAGGGGAUAAUGGAUUGUCAGUUCUUAGCGAAGCUCCAGCUGCAAAAAUUUCUGCCGGAUAUAGAUCAAUUGUAGAACAAAUUAUUGAAUUUUGCAACCUUAAGUGAUCGCUCUUUGGGUUGUUCACUUGUAACGUAACCACUGAGGAUGAGAUGGGGUUUUUUUCGCUACUGUAAUUUUAACACAAUAGAUAUUUGUAAACCCACAUCCAGAAAGUUAAAAUUUUCCUCGCAGAUACAAAUUUUCUGUUUUCUGUGGCCCGCCCGCUUCGCUCGCAAAUUUUCCACUUUUGCAAUGCUGGUGAGUGAAGCAAGACAGUCUUAAGCAUUUGGAGCUAGGCCCCAGAAAAAUUUUUUGCGUUUUUGCUUGGCCACAUUGAAAUCUACAAUAACAAAAUAUCUGAAGUCCUUCAAAAAAGUGUAUUACAAAAUGACUUUCUCAUACAACCCACAAGUAAAACAUGGCCAGCUUGCACCAUCUUUCGUAGUUAUCACAAAUUAUUAUAUUUGCCUUGCAGAGUAAAGGUAACCAUAUACUGAGAAAUGUAGAGUGCAUACAACUUAAACUUUCGUACAGACAUGAAUUGAAGAUAUGUUUGCCGCAGGCAAAAAUUCUUGCUGAUUUUGCCCACACAGAAGGCCUAGAAGCAAUUUGGCAAUAGAGAUCAUUUUCAAACACAGUUUCAAGAACGUUUCAAAGAACUGUUAAUUUUUCCUCUUUCAUUUGUCAAAAAUUUUGGAUCUCCUAUUUACCCCAGAAAAUUCAUGGUAAAAUGUUUCAAAAUUCAGAUCGUAAACUUUAAAAAUUUCCUCUUUGGCACCAAAAAUUUCCUCUGAAAUCGAAAAUUUCCCUGCAGAUUAUCUGCUGGUCUGCUAAGGUUUCUGGCUGUGGGUUUGUAAAAGUGAUUACGGAGGGGUUUAAAAAUUGGUCAAAAAGUGAUUACGUAGUAUUUUGUUAGGUUAAAGUAACAGUUUUUAUCCAUUUGUUUGGAGUGAUAAGAGACUAUUUUAUAGCAACUUUUUGACAUUUUGGAAUGUCAUCAUUAUAGAACCUCAUUUGUUCGAGGAUUGCCCAA